AUGGUGGCAGAUGUACUUAGUCGGAAGAAUAUGGGGGACUUGGCAAAUUUGUUGGUAGAAAGAAAAGAGUUGAGGAUCGAACUGAAUAAGAUGAAUAUGGACCUAGUAGUACGUGAACAGGAGGCCAUACUGGCAGUAGUAGGAGCUCAACCCACCUUGCUGGAAGAGAUUAAGUUACAUCAAUUGGAAGAUGAGACUUUGAGGAAAAUCUAUGAAGAGUUGGAAGUAAAACCAAAAUCGGGGUUCAGUUAUGUAAACUCGGUAUUAAAGUUUCAAAGUCGAAUAUGUGUUCCCAAUAUGUUGGAGCUUAAACGGAAAUUGCUAGAGGAAGCACAUGCCUCGCGAUUAUCAAUACACCCGGGAAAUCCAUCUCAUGUUAUAGACCAUCACCAACUCAUGCUAGAUGAUAAGUUAAGCUAUGAGGAAAGACCACUUCGAAUUUUGGAGCGACAAGUAAAGCAAUUGCGCAACCGGGAAAUUUCAAUGGUAAAGGUGGAGUGGCAAGAACAUUAUGGCACUGAAGCUACUUGGGAAAAAGAGGAGGAUAUGCAGCAACAGUAUCCAUAUCUGUUCCCAUUUUGA